CCUCGAACCGUCAACUCCUUGGUGAAUGAGCUAGGGAAAUUCACAAUCUGCUGGCGCCAGCGGCGAAAGAGCACUUUGUUCUGAAACAAGAAGGUAUUGCGGACUGCGCACAACCUCCUGCUCAUCGUCCAGCACGCCGACGACGACAGGUAGAAUGGCCUUCCAGUCUCUCUUUUUAUAUUUCCUGUCCUCUCUGGCCGCUGUGCGAGCUAUCACAGUCUACAAUCAACAACCUCUUGGUCAAACACAAACAUCAUCAGCGGAUGGAGCGGCCUACACUGGUUACCAGGCGUACAACCCAGCAACUUUGAAUGCCCCUGGUCUUCCAGAUCCUCUUCCUGCUACACAGUUCGGCAUCCAGCUUCAGAGCUCCGCUGCUGCUGUGACUGGGCUUUCGAUUCCUGUCAGCGGCGCACUUUUUGGGUUCUCUAUCGAAACCUCCGUCAUCAACCAGUUUUUUUAUUUCGCAGUGGGUGUCAACUCAUCAUUCAUUCAAGUCCCCUUUCUCAACCUCGUCUCCAAUAUCGUUCAAAGAGCAGGUCGCUUCCACAUCCGUGUCGGAGGUAACACCCAGGAAACGGCUCGUCUGGUUGAUCAGACUGCAGAUGGCAGAAUGAUUGAGAAACAGUCUAUCGACCCGAACAACCCGACCGCCACGCCCGUCUUGAUAUACACGAUGGAGAUGUUCUAUCUCCUAGCCAACAUUUCGUCCCUUAUGAACGUCAAAUGGUAUCUGGGUAUACCCCUCAACGAUACGAGUGAUCUUCACUUGGAAGUCGCACAGUACGGCGAACAGUUCCUAGGCGACAACUUGCUCGGUCUUCAAGUUGGAAAUGAACCUGAUCUUUACGCGAGGCAUCAACAUCGUCCGGAGAACUAUGGACCAGCGGACUACGUCGGCGAAGUCGGCGAUGUGAUUAAAGCCAUGCAGGCAAACGGGAACAUUCCUAACACAAACAACAUCAUCGGUCCCAGUGUGUCGACUGCUACAUGGACUCCGGAGAUGGUGUUCGACGCAGGCUUCAUCACUCAAUAUCAGAACAACCUCGCCGCUAUCAGCGUCGAAAAUUACCCCACCGACAAUUGUUUCGCCAUCUACGGAGGUAACGGAUCUCCUCACAACCCUCAAGACGAGUUCAUCAACUUUUUGACUCACGAUGGACUGUAUUCCGGCAAACACAUGAUUGAGAAGUUUUUGGGCGCGUCAGCUGUUGCGCAGCAGAGUCAGAAGCAAAUGCUCAUGUUUGAGACAAACACCGCCUCUUGUGGUGGUUUCCCUGGAAGCAGUAACUCCUUUGGUUCUGCGCUUUGGGGUGUGGACUACGGUCUCCAGUUGGCAUAUAGCAACUUCUCGCAUGCGCUUCUGCACUGUGGUGGUCAGGAUGUGUUCUAUAACCCUGCUACUCCUCCGCCCACUGGACUUUCUGCGUUCCACGAAUGGACGAUCGGGCCACUCAUGUACUCGAUUCUUGUCGUUUCCGAGGCUUUGGGCAGCACGAACAACUCCAGGGUCAUCGACUUGUUCACCAACGAUGGCAAUGUUUUCACCCCCGGCUACGCUAUAUAUGAGAACGAUCAGCUCGCCCGAGUGUUGUUAAUCAACUACAUGACUGACGCUUCUGGUGCCAACGAUUAUACUGCUACCAUCUCCGUCGGCGGUGGUGACACUGGUACACCCAAUGCUGUCCCUGCUCAGGUCAAGGUCAAGUACCUUAGCGCUCCUACUGUCGCAGAGCACUUCAACAUCACCUGGGCUGGUCAGACAUUCGGUGGCCAGUUCGAAUCCGAUGGACGUUUGAAGGGUAACGAGACCAUCGAGACCAUCAACUGUGACCAGGGCCAGAAUACUUGCGCCAUCAAGGUUCCCGCACCCGGCGUCGCUUUGGUAUUUUUCAGCGAUCAAGCUCUUCAAGAAUCAGAGCCUUCAAGCACCGCGACCUUCGCUACCACCGCUGUCACCCGCACGCUCAAUACUGCGACGAUCGACGCCCAAGUUCUGGCAACGUCCAACGGCCAUAGUGGAAAGGACAGAGCACUCGGAAGCACGAGUAAGGGUAGUACAGGCGCUGCUCCAGCUUCGCACGUCAUCCCCAGCUUGACAGCCUUGUUUUCAUUGCUCGCUGGUGUGCUUGUUCUUUUCAGAGCCUUCACCCGGUAAUAUGCCAGACUCUUACUUUGGCACCUUGUGGGUGUCGCGGAUGGACCAUCAUGGACAUUCAUUGGAUUUUCGUCGUCAUCUUGGACGAACAUUUGUAGUCCUGCUGCACGUCGCUCUCUGUUCCGUACUUUACAAUUAGAUACCAAAUCUCUCCUGGACGCUGUUAGGGCGACUUAGCUUGUAAUUACCAUCCCUGACUUUCCUUUUCGCAUCCUACUCUACAUCCCUGUUUCUCUAUUUGUGGGUCAGCUUGGGGCGUGUCUGUACGUCAGCAUGGAACGACGGAAGCUCAAGCAAACGAGCUUUUAGCAUGAGCUUGCAAACAAGAUUGAGUAGAAUGUAAGAUGCGAUACAAUAGAUUGUCUGUGAAGAUGGAGCAAAAUGUCCACAUAAUAUACCUACAAUUGUCCUAUACCAGUCUA